UGGCCCGCUGAGUUGUGAUGUGAGAAACACCGCACACGGCUGACGGCAGCGGACACACACAACCUCCACACACCGUCUCACCACUGCUGGUACCGACACCUGAGCCGAGGCGGGCGGGGAAACAACCACCGGUGCUGCUGCUGCUGCUGCUGCUGCUGCUGCCCCGGGGAGCAGGAGCAGGGGAGCAUCAAUGCCUCCAGGUUCCGUCUCGCAUAUCGGCCUGGACCUGUUCUCGUCAUCGGGCCUCCUGCGCUGAGAUAAUGAGAGGAUGGCCGAGCAGCGACGCGGGGACCACGGAGGGCUGACGGAUGCUGCUGCAGCGACUCGCCGGGAUGAGCAGCAGCAUCACAACGCGAUGAGCACAACGGAGGAAGCGGGAGCUGAGGGUCUCACGUUGGAGGAGAUACUGAGGCUGUAUGGGCAGCCCAUCAACGAGGAACAGGCUUGGGCGGUGUGUUACCAAUGCUGCAGGACGCUGGCGAGGGAGCACCGGGGCAGGAGGAGCUCCUCCGCCGCCUCCUCCUCCUCUUCCUCCUCCGCCGCCGCCGCCGCCGGAGCAUCAUCAGCGGCGGCUCCGAGGAAGAUCUCCGGACCGGGUGAUGUUAGGAUCCAGAGAGACGGGUCUGUGAGGGUGGAGCAGCAAGCCCGUGAAGGUAAAUACAGCCCUUGCACAACAACAGAGGUGAUUGAGUCCCUGGGCAUCAUGAUCUACAAGGCUCUGGACUACGGGCUGAAGGAGAAUGAGGAGAGGGAGCUCAGCCCUCCUCUGGAGGAGCUCAUUGACCUCAUGACCAACAUGGCCGAGACGGAGAGGGAUGCCUGCCCUGAUGAAGGCUAUGAGGCCACAGAGGAAGAGGAUGAAGCAGAGGAUGACCCUGACAACAUUUCCAGUGUUCACGGCUACAGAGAUGUCCUUCAGCUGUGCAUGGUCCAUCUGCCCAACCUAUCAGACGCCCCCAGUCACUACCAGGCAGUGUGCCGGGCUCUGUACACAGAAACCAGGGAGCUACGCACUUUCCUGGAGAAGAUCAAGAGUGCCAAAGAGAAUCUCCGUAAGAUGGAGGCAGAGUCAUCGGAGGAGCCUGGCCGAGACCUGAAUGAGCUACAGAAUGAUGACUGGGCUCGAUUCUGGGUUCAGGUGAUGAGGGACCUGCGUGAAGGAGUCAAGCUGAAGAAGGUGCAGGAGCGCCAGUACAACCCCCUGCCCAUCGAGUACCAGCUCACUCCCUAUGAGAUGCUCAUGGACGACAUCAGGUCCAAACGCUACAAACUGCGCAAAGUCAUGGUAAAUGGGGACAUCCCACCCAGGUUAAAGAAGAGCGCUCAUGAAGUCAUCCUGGAGUUCAUCAGGUCCAGACCACCUCUCAACCCUGUGUCGGCUCGUAAGCUGAAGCCACAGACCCAGCCUCCUCCGACUCUCCAUGAGCGGAUCCUGGAGGGAAUCAAAUCAGAGAGGAAACUUCGACCUGUGUCACCUGGUGAGGUCCGCAGGGGAAGGCUAGUAAUUCGGCCACUUAGCAUGUCUUUCAGUUUUGAUGCGUCAGAUGAGUAUAGUCCAUACAUGGGCAGGAGGACGUCCAGCUCUCUGUCUCUGACCAAUGGAUCAGCAUCUCCAAGGGCCGAACCCUCCGGCUCUCAGUCUGUGCCUCAGAGGAAGAGGCUCCUGAAGGCUCCCAGCCUCGCCGAGCUGGACAGCUCUGACUCUGACGAUGAGAUUAUUGGGCGCCAAUCAGCCAGCAGCUCCAGUGUGGCUACAUCUGUGAUGGAUGACACAUCCCCAGAGUCUGCGGUGGGGAAGAAAACAGCUCCACCCAUGUUCCUGCCCAUUUCCUCUACACCCCAGCCAGAGAGGCGUAAGACCCCCCAGAGGAGACAUUCCAUUGAGAAGGAAACCCCGACCAAUGUCAAACAGUUUCUGCCGCCCUCCAAACAGAACUCCAAGUCUCUGGAAACCUCCUCCUCCACACACACGCCUUCACCUUCUCUCGUUCAGGUUCUCCUCCGCCCUUCUCCCUUCACUCUCCAACCUUUGCGGAGCUCCAGCCCUAUCGAGGCAUUUGUUUUGGGGUUGAUGAAGGCAGUUUUUGCCCUGUGCAGGGGCAUUUACAUCAGAGGAAGAGAGUCGGCCAAGGAGGAGUUCUGUUUCCCUGUGGAGUGUCUGUCUCUGACCGUAGAGGAGGUGAUGCACAUCAGACAGGUGCUGGUUAAGGCAGAGCUGGAGAAGUUCCAGCAGUACAAGGAAAUCUACAACGCUAUGAAGAAGGGAAAGCUUUGCUUCUGUUGUCGAACCAAAAGGUUUUCCUUUUUCACCUGGUCCUACAUCUGCCAGUUUUGCAAAAAACCUGUGUGCUCGCAGUGCUGCAAAAAGAUGCGGCUGCCAUCCAAACCUUACUCCAGCUUGCCCAUCUACUCCAUUGGCUCAACCAGCACUCUCCCCAGGGAUAGGCUAAGUGCCAUGGCUGCUGUAGGACAAGGACUGUCUGUGGCAGGAGGGCCAGGGCCGAGUCCGGGGCCGUCAGCAGUAAAAGGGGCCACGGCGCCCUCCCCUAUUAAAGAAGCAACAACAGGAGCAUCUAAAGGAGCUGGAAAAGCCUCUGGAGCAGCAGCUGCUGCUAAAUCUGAGAAAUCCAGUGGCAGCCCACAGCGCCACGGCAUUCAGAAGACCAUGUCUAAGUUCUCAAAGCACGGCUCCUUAAAGUCUCAUGAAGAACUGGAGCUUCCCCCGGAGCUGACGGAGGAUUGGGCCACCAUGGAGGUGUGCGUGGACUGCAAGAAGUUCAUCACUGACAUUAUCGCCUCCAGCAAGCACAGCCUCUCCCUGGCCACAAAGAGAGCUCGCCUAAAACGCAAGACCCAGUCCUUCUACAUGUCCUCCCCUAAAGGCAGGGAGGAGUACCGGCCCUCUGAACGGACAAUCAAGGAGAUCUAAAACUCUUUAUCUUUAUCUCUCUCUGGCUGCUUCCAGCAUCAAUGGCACAAUUGCAAAGACUCAGCACUGGAUAUGAUCUUGCUGUUCAUGUAUACUUCAGUCAGAUAAAGCUGUCAGAAUGGCUGAUAUGAACCUCA